CAAGAUGAGGAGCACAAUAUGGCUUUUCCAGUUCGGCGGACUCUGUCUUGGUCUUGUCUGUGUCUCCUCGGUGGUAGCGAAACCUAGAAUAUGGGGAAGCCCGAACACUCGCCAGGGAAUUCCCCUCCGUGGUGGUGAUACCGAUACCGAUAUUACUGUCAGUGAAAUCAAUCGACACGUUGCCGUCACCGAUGGGGACAACACCACGCUGCCGGUACGGACACCUUCCCAAACUGCGUCCGAUCCGACCCUCUCCAGCUACGUGGCGGUCUCUCUGCUAGUUAUGGACAACGACACGGGUCCCUCGUCAUCAAACUUAUCGUCGGGUUGUAUGCUCUUCCCUCGGCACACGGCGGACAGUGUAACGGAAUACAAUGAUGACGUUCCGUACGAACCGUUCUGGUCCCAACGCUUGGCCUUUGACACUUCGAGCAACAACGAAAGUACGAAUCUGGCUGCACUGUACGAAAGUGUAGCAGCGACGAGUGAUAUUGUACUUCUCGUUCUCCGAUGGGACUCUCCCAUCGAUCCAAUACUGGUCCAAGCCUUGCGAAAGGGCUGGCACCGACGCACCGUCCCCGAUGCGGGUUUACCAAAAGCACAACUCUUGGUGAUAUGCACAUCCUCCGGAGAAUUUGACACUGUCGCAAUGACAGCCUGGCGGGAACGAAUGGCUUUGCAUGAUCUAGCCUCACUUAGUCCUAGUCUCUUGCAAUCCAUGGAACUCAUUCUUCCGUCCGAUACACCACGAAUACUCCAACAAGCGAUACGAGACGCCAACAGUGGUGUUACCGAUUGGCUUGCACCCGAGGGGUUUCCACAACUGCUACAACAAGCGUACAACAAUCUAGGAGGCUCCGUCCAAUCUUUGUUUGCGGACGACGUCGGUAUGCCGCGCAUUCUAUCCAACACCGCAAUGCUGGAAUCGUCCAGGCCGUCGUCAGGACACCCACCACCCGCUACGGACCGCCACGAACAAAGUGCUCCUUCGGUCCAGCAAAUCAAAAGUCAAAUAGACGGGCAGCUCCAAACUGCGUUGAUUGCGGAGGCGUAUCAAGAGCUCGAGGUCAUUCAAACCGCUCAGGAGGAACACUUGUUGGAUACCAACACCAUACCGUUCGACUUCGGUGGAAAGUGUGGUCCUUUUCUGGAGCGAUUACGCGACGGUCUCGAAGCGCUGCCGGACGAAGCUUCCCGCAGCACUGUCCAGCAGGAGGUCGGCGAGCGACUACGUGAACUCUUUCACCAGCAACUACAGGCCUGGCGUGAUCAUUACGGGCGGGUCUACGAAGCCUUAUUGGAUCGGCACGCUCCGGAAACGUGGUCGAUGCACGCGUCCCACGUGACGCAAAGUUUUCGCAACGCUGCACAAGAAAGUGUUCCCGUCUUGGCUCGGGCGAACGAAGUCUUUCGGGAUAUGGAUCUGGAGUACAUCCCGGCGUUGCAGGGACUCGUGUCGGAUAUGAUGGAGGCCACGACCUUGCGACAGUCGGAAGUGGAGGAGGACGGUGACGAAGAGAACGGGAACGAUACGGACGUGGAGGCCCGACCAAAACGCGUUGCCCGGUGGUACGAGAAACUUGCGGCGCGGGCGCUCGUCUUGGGCGUCAAUUACCUACAGGGCUGGCUGGCCUGGCAAGGCAUUCAACGAGCCGCACUACAGCGGGAGCGGAACAUGCCCAAAUUUCCGCUCUUUUAA